GCUGCGUUCAGGUCGCAGUCUCCUCUGGAGGCGUGGGUUCGAAUCCCACUCCUGACAUGUUUUCAUCUUCUUUAUAGCGGUUACGUAUGAAUGAAUUCAUAGAAAAUGAAACGUGUUAAUUUAUUUUGCAAUUUCAUUCCCAUUAGGGUCAUACUGUUUUCCGACGACUAUGACAGAACAAUGUGAUUAUUCUUCUCCCAAUGCAAGGAGCAAGAGUUUUCCCAUAACAAUGUGGACAUUUUGCUGUUCAUUUCGGGUUAUCCUGAAUUUAGAAAAGAUGGCGAGUUCCAAGUGAAGUAUUUUCAGUACACCGCCUUCUUUCGAAGUUAAUGAAGCACAGAAAUAUGAACUCGGAGAAAGAGGAUGGCGACAGCCGGUUUACCUAACAGAUGAGGAUGAAUCAAGUGCCUCUGAGUUAUUCUUCUGCUACUUAUGCAUUCAACUUUGAGCAUCCUUUGUCUAUAGCAAACAAGGCCACCAACUUAACUGAAAUAACUCCAGCAAAGAAAAUAACCUUCUACAAAAGUGGUGACCCUCAGCUCACUGGAGUGAAGAUGACUGUAAACAAACGGACCUUCAAGACCUUUGAUGCUCUCUUAGAUGAUCUCGCCCAGAAGAUUUCACUUCCGUUUGCUGUACGAACAGUGACUACCCCUCAUGGAGUUCACAACAUCAACAGUUUAGAGCAGUUGGAAGAUGGAGGCUCAUAUAUCUGUUCUCAUAAAAAAUAUGUCAAACCAAUAAAUAUGGACAUAACUGGAAGAAAACCGGCUACGUGGCAGGGCAAUAACCCAAGGGGUACCCAUCAACAUGCCACAAAGGGAGGAAAGCAGGAAGCUGGUGGUGUACAUCACACUCAAAUGGGGCAUAAAAAUAUAAUUCUUAUUAAAAAUGGGAAUGUUGACAUUCAUUACUCAAUUGUUCUCCACAAGAAAAAUACACACAAUUUCAGAAGUUUUCUUGAAGAAAUCUCUGAGCUCAUGCAGUACAAUGUUAGGAAACUUUAUACAAUGGAUGGAAAAAAUGUUGACACCCUGCAGGCUCUUUUUCAUUGCCCUGGUGUUCUGGUGUGUGUUGGUCAUGAAGCACUCAAACCAAUUGUGUAUGAAAAAUUCAGAAGACUUUCUGAAAAGCUGCCUGACUUAUCAAGACGAUCUCAUAUUGAUAACCAAUCCAUUGAUAUGAAAACAAAUGUCAAUUUUGGAUUAGAAGCCAAGAAAAGUGUAAUACAUCCCAGAUCACCUUCCAGAUCAUCCAGACAUUCAUUAUCACCAGAUAAAUCCUGUACUAAUGGCUUGCCAUCAAGCAACAGUGGUCAUGCUUCAGUUGUAAACUCGCUGCCGCACAAAAAGGGAGAACUUAAUGAUUCCAUGAUAGAUGAUGACAUUGAGAAAAAAGUACGUGUGAACAAGGAUGGAAGUCUUUCAGUGGAAAUGAAGGUUCGUUUUCGUUUGCUCAAUCGUGAGACACUUCAGUGGUCAACACAGAUCAGGAGGUCCAGUUUAAGACGGAAAAGUAGUAAUGAACUUUUAUGUGCCACAGAACAGGUUGAGGAAAUAAAUGCUAACAAUGAUUUUGAUGAAUCAUUUCAUCCAAGCAAUACUGAUGAUUUUUAUGCUUCAAAGCGCAAUGGAGCUGAACCUGAAGAAAGUCAUUGUGAGAACUGUUGCAAAUGUGGUCAGGGGUAUGAUAUUUGGAAAAAUCCUAUGUAUGAUAGUCAAAUUAGAGAAGAAAACUUGAUAAAAAGCACAGCCACACAUUCUUCUUUGUCAAGUUCAUCACCUUACCAUGAAAUUAUCUAUCAGAGUAAAUCAACUGAAAGCAUACAGACAAUAUCUAGUGAGGAAUAUUCAAAACACCUUUUACAGCAGGUCAAAAAUGAAUUGAAGACAAUGGAAAAUGGAAACAGAGGAGUAGAAUAUUGUUCUGUUAGUCACUGCAGUAGCCAAACUGGUAGCUGCACAUUUGAUUCUAAAACUGAAGGAUAUUGCAAAGGUAGAACAUCUAUUUCCAGAAAUCAUAGUGCCAGCAGCCAUCGUGUUUCAUCAUGUUUUUCUACAAACAUUAGUCACCAAAACUCUCACGAUGGACCAAUUUCUUGUAUUUCACCAAACAGUUCCACAGUUUCUGCAAAAAGGAAGGUUGCAGUCAAAAACAUUGACGUAUCAGAAAAUGUUGAUCCAGCAACAUCAUGCACCAACUCAGAGGAGGCUUCAAUUGAUUUAGAAGAAGUUGAUAGUAGAGCAGCAGCUGAUAGGAAUGAAAAUAAUGUGUCUGAAGCAUUUCAUUGCUUAAAAUGCAACAAAAAUACUGAAGGUCAGGAUAAUACAGAAGGAAGAGAUCAGAAUGUAUCUUCAAGAUGUUCAAAACAUUCCGUUGAUGACUGUAAAGAAUCAACUACAUUGAACCAUUUAUGUUCAAACAUUGCAUUAAAUUGCUCUAGUGAAUUCAAUGGGAAAGUAAAGACCAUGAGGAAUGCUGGAUAUGCUGAAGGAGUCAAAGUUGUGUCCAAUGGCUCUCUCCACAAUGACAAAAAUACAAAUGGAGAAAUAUGUAAAGACAAUAAGUCAGAUAAUGAUAUUUCAUUAUAUGCAGGCAAAUCCAAAACUGACUUGAAUAUAUCAGAAAGACAGUCUUUUUCUGAAAUCCAGGGUACUAGUCAUAAGCUUCAUAUCCAAAAUAAUGGCACGCAUGGAAUAUCAGUUAGUAACACAAAUUACUCAUCUUCCAAAAGGAGCAAUGAGUAUUCAAAAAAUAUGAAUACAGAUGAAGCUCACUCAAAUUCUGUUCUCUCCUGGUCAUCAACAUCCUCAACAGGGCAGAAGAAGUCACCAUCACUCACUUCAGAUAAAGACAGCAAUGCAUCAUGUUCAGAAAACUUGAGUGAAUUGAAUGAAGUGAAACCAAAAUAUCAGCCAACUGUUUCCACUCACUCCAAACAAUCGUCAUUGAGCAACCAUGCAGAAAUUAUUCAGACAGACACAAUUAACAAAAAUAAAAUAUCAUCAAACUCUGAUUCAUUAAAUCCCUGCAGUUCUAGCAGUACAAGUUGGAGUAAAAGGGCCAAAUCAGAAAAUGAGUGCAGGCCUUCUACAUCUGUCUCUAAUAAUUCUAUUCCAGAUUUAGAACCUGGUGUAGAAGGAAAAACAAACAAUGAGGAGAAAAUAACAAUUUUAUAUUCCUCAGGUUUUUCAGAAGUUUUACAACUGGAAACCAACACAAAAAUGGAGCAUGAGAGAUGUGAAACAGCCUGCAGCAAUCCAUCUAUUCUUUCUAAAGCAUCUAGAGAAAAUACUGCAGCUGAAAAUCAAAAACAAAAUCAUAUUGAAAAUGAACUGCAUCAAACUGAUAUUUCAAAAUUAUCAAAGGUAACAGAGGUAGAAUGUUUCUCUUGUAAAGUAGAUGAUGUUAAAAUAACUGAAACAACUUCAGUCAUAGAAAGUGCUUCUGUUGAGAACAUGCCUCUGUCAUUUGCACAAAGGGGAAAUGUUUGUGGUAAAACUACCAAACAAAUAUUAUUGGAUCCUGCACUCAAGACUAAAAGCAGUACAACUAUUGAUAAAGUUUCAAGUCAAAAACCUCCUUCAUCUGGGCUAACAACCUCAACAUCCAAUCCAAGCGAAAAAAGCACCGCUAAUAAAUCUCACAAAGUAAAUAGUGACAGUGACAGAAACAGUGCAGAAGUGAAUAGUAAUGGAAAAUGUAAGGAUGAAAAUAAUAAAAAAAAGAAUAAGAAUAAAAAUUCCACACGUCCUACUGCACUCAGCUAUGAAAAGCAUGGUCUUAUACCCACCGUACUCCCAAAUGCAUCAUUUGAAGAUAUUGUUCAUGAAUGGCUGAAAAAAAUUCCAUCUGAAAAGAUGCUCAUGAAAUAUGACAACACAGAGGAAUUCCAAGAAAAGUGUGAAAAAUCUGCAAUAGAAGUGAUACCAGAAGAGCCAAAAAGUGACACAGAGGCUAUAACAAUAUUAGAAGAGAAACCAUAUGGACUUGAAACAACUGUAAAUGAUCAGAAAUCAAAAGAGAAAAAUGAUCAGAAAUCAAAAGAGAUAAAUGAUUUGACAAUGGUAUGGUUGGAAAAUAUGGCAAGUCAAGUAUCAGAAGGUAAAAGUUCCAGUCAAGAGAUGGUCAAAGAGCUGGAUAUUUUGCAGUCAAAGCCAAUGAGCUUUUCCUGUUCUGUACCAGACACGAGCAAUCAGCUGCAUGAGAACAUUUUGCUAUACAACAUGCAUUCCCCCGUUGAGACUAUAAAAGUUCUUCUUUCUUCUAGACAGAGAAUAAAAUUGGAGAGAUCAAGCAGUCUGCCAAGUUUAAACCGUACAUUUGAAAGAAAUCUAAGCCAUUCAGCAAAGUCCCUGUUGAGAUGCCUUGCCAGUUUGCAAUUUUUUGACAAAGAAUCCUCAAAUCAUAAAAACAAAUUAAAUGAUACAAACAAUUCUGCACAAAAAGAACUUCUAAGUAUCCUAAAGCCACUCUGGUUUACUGAUAUCAUGAAAGAAUGUGAGGGAAAAUUUUCACAAACUGCAGAAAAACAUGCCAAAACAUUUAAAGGACAUACUUCAGCAGAUGAUAAUAUCACCCCACUGUCUUCCUCUGGAGUGGAUAUCAAUAGUGGAUCUGGGGGUUCGGGAGAUGGUAGCAUGGGUGGGGCAAUAGAUGUCUCUCAAGUAAUAGAGAAAAAGAAAUGUGACUUGUAUUUAAAUGCCCAUACUAACAAGAAAAACGAUGUAACAAAUCAAAAUCAACUUUCUUUAAUGAAAAACUCAGUUGAUGAAACUUCUGAGAUAUGUAAUAAGCAGAAUGAUAAAACUAAAGAAUACUCAAUAUCAUCUGUAGAUUCAACAAAGACUAAUGCUUCCUGUAAGAAACCAAAGUUAAGAAAAUCCAGGAAUGCAAAGACCAAGUCAGAGGAUAAUAAUAACAUUGAAGAAAGAUCCCUUUCAAGAAACUCAAGACUAUCACAUUCAGAUGUUGCACCAUCCAGUCCAGUCACUCCAGACAUAGCUUGUCGUGUUCAGUGGAACAGUGGGGAACAAAGUGAUAAUGGUGAGGACUUGGAUGAAAAUAUAUGCAACAACAGUAGACAAAGCCCAGAGGAUACAAAUCAAGACACCAAGAAACAACCUGCUUCACCCAUAGAAGGAAUGGAACCAUCCGCUGGAGCCAGCUGUGACUUGGAAAAAAAUGUUCAUCUGACUAAGGCACAAGACCAUAAUGAGAAUGUGGAUGAAGAUACCUCUGAGGAAGAGCAACAUGUUCAUGAAAAGAUAAUAGAAAAAUGUGAGAAUGCUGGAAUAAUAAAGUCAUCACAACAAAUAAUACAUCACCAUUGUGGAACACAAGCUGUCAUAGACCAAGAACCUGAACCGACACAAAGGAAAUCAUUUAAUCCUGAUCCAGCCUGGUUGCAGAAACUGCUGAAAAAAAUGGAGAAGCAGUUUAUUACAGAUUAUAUGGAUGCAAUGAAUGAAUUUAAAAUUAAAUGGAAUUUAGAAGUAGACGAUAGACUAGAUCAGAUGAUUGAAGAGCUAAGAGAAGAUGUUAGCAAGAGAAUCCGAGGAAGCAUUGAAAGAGAACUAAGGAAGGUCCAAUGUAGAGCUGGACAAAUCAAGCCAUCACCUCCAAAUGAACCACGUAGAUGUGAAUCAUCUGAACAAACAGAACAAAGAUAUAAGCGACUAAAGGCUAUGCAUAAAAUGCAAAUGUUUUCUCCACAGUCUAAGGAAGCAGAGCAACAAUGUAGCACAAAAGAUAUUUCAUCUUUAAUAAGUGAUGAGGUGUUGACUUUUGGUGAAAUGUUAGGUGACAAUACUGAUGCAGAUGAACAAUUUAACAUUGAUAAAUUCUGUCCUUGUGAUUCCUGUUCCGAGAAAAAUAAGGCUGCAAAAUGUGCAACAAAUCCAAUGCAUACAAGUAUUCCUGUUAUUAAAUACUUUGACCUGAGAGAGAUCCUUAGGAUAAAAAUGAAUAAGCAAGUAAAGGAACAUAUCACUGACACAGAUUGGUCUGAGCAAUUAUUGGAUAGGGAACUUAGUAAGCAUGAUUGUGCUGAGAGUGAAUCCAUGCAACAUGUUCAAAACAAAACAGAACAUGCAAUUCAACAUGUUGAACCAAUGCCCAUGAAUCAAGAAAAUGUGGUUUUGAAUAAUGAAUGUCAAAAUCACAAUUUAGAUACAACUUUGGAUCAAGCUGAGGAGAAAGUGCGAAGUGGUAAUCAUGUAGUUGGUUUGAAAUUGAAAGAAAAUGAUCAAAGGAGCAAACAAAUAGAUAAAUGCACACGUGAUAUUGAAUGUAAAAGUGAAGGAGGUGGAGACUCAUUAAAUAUAGUAUCAGGAGGCAUUCUGGAAUGCAGUGAAGAUCAAGUAAGUGAUGUUUAUAAAUAUGAAAAUGAACACAAAAAUGACAAAGAAAACUCUGAAUUUAUUGUGUAUGAAACCGAUUACACAGAAUACAAUAAUGAAAUAGCUAGUACUGCAACUGUACAAAGUGGGGAACAGGAAGUUGAAAAUAAUAUGUCAAGCAACAAUUCAGAGCCUGAGGUGAAAAAUAACAGAUUAGAAGAAUCACAUUCUAUUGACAGUCAACACGAGUACAAGAUGUCAGAAACUGAUAUAAAAGACAUUGUGGAGAAUUUGGAUAAUGAUGUCUCAGAAAGUUCUGAUGAGUUUGUAAAAUCUAAUGUUAUUAAAAACCCAAAUGAAAGGGUAUUAGUUAUCAUGAAUUCAAAAGUACCUCUGGAACAGAGUGAUUCCUUAGCUGUUAUUAAUUGCCCACAGCAUUCUGGCACUGGAGUACCAGAAGAUUCUGUAAAGGAGGACAACGUUAGUGAUAAUAUUCUGGCUUACACUAAGGAAGCUACAAGUAGCAGCUCAAACAGUCCAGGAAACAAAUCCUCUCAUCAAAUGUACCUAGAAAGUUCAUCAGAUGAAGAUAGAAAAAGUAUUUGCACAAGUCCGGAAGCAUCUGAAGAUGAGAAAGAUUCAGACAACACUUCAGAUCUGGUUGCAGAUCAAAAUGCUUGUCUGAGAAACAGCUCAAAGAAGCUUGUUAACAAUGAGUUCAAUGACGAUGAUUUAGAUUUUUAAGUAUUCGAAACACAACUGACAGUGAUUUUAUUCAGAAUGCUUUUGUUAUUUAAAAAUUGUUAUUUUAACGAUUUAAAAAUUGCUUUUAGCAGUUAGUAAAAUAUGUAUUUGUACUAUUAGGAAAAUCCAGUAAAUAGAUCUUCUGAUUUUAUGUAAUUUAAUCAGUGACUCAAGGACCUUGAGCGCAAUGCAGGUGUGAAUGAAGACUCCAAUCCUGUUCAACUAUUGAAAGGAAGCAACCAAUGAAAUUGCAAAAAUACCUGAUUACAAUGUUGAAAGGAAGUCAACAUGGACUGAUUGAGCCAAAUAGAGCUUCUAUGCUGUUCUGAAGAUGGGUCACUAGACCAGAAAUGUUAACUUGAAUAUUUUCUCUCCACAGAUACUGAUUGACUUGUUGAGUUUCUCCAGCAAUUUCUGUUUAUAUUCUAUGCUGUGUAUUACAUUUAAUUGUAUGCAAUAAAUGAAUUAGGCUGUGGCAUUUCCAAACACA